UUGUUUUGACGUGGAAGUUGUUUGGACGGCUUUUACGGAUAGCAGAAUAACAAAUUAUUCGCAGUUUUUUUAUUUAAUGUGAUUAGUUGAUUCCGUAGUUAGGCCUUUAAAUUAUUUGCAUUUCGAACAUGACUGCCAAUAAGUAUUCGAUUUUAUUACCUACAUACAACGAGCGAGACAAUCUUCCCAUUAUUGUUUGGUUGCUAGUGAAAUAUAUGCAAGAAUCGGAAACUGACUAUGAAAUCAUCGUGAUUGACGAUGGCAGCCCAGAUGGGACGCAGGAUGUCGCGAAAGAGUUGCAGAAAAUCUACGGUUCAGAUCGAAUUCUACUGCGACCACGAGCCUCCAAGUUGGGUCUCGGUACGGCAUACAUACAUGGUAUGCAGCAUGCUAGUGGAGACUUUAUUAUAAUUAUGGAUGCUGACCUCAGUCACCAUCCAAAAUUCAUUCCACAGUUUAUCGAGUUGCAGAAAUCUGCCGACUUGGAUAUUGUUACUGGUACCCGUUAUAAGGGCGACGGAGGUGUAUACGGGUGGGACUUCAAACGUAAGCUAAUUUCCCGGGGAGCUAACUUUCUGACACAGCUGCUGCUAAGACCAAACGUGUCCGAUUUAACGGGAUCCUUCCGGCUGUACAAGAAGGACGUCCUCAAAGAGCUUAUCUCUCACUGCACCUCAAAGGGUUACGUGUUCCAGAUGGAGAUGAUAGUUCGUGCCCGUCAGCUGAAGUACAGUAUCGGUGAGGUGCCGAUUUCUUUUGUGGAUCGCGUUUACGGACAGUCUAAGCUAGGAGGGUCGGAAAUUGUGCAGUUUGCUAAAAAUCUGCUCUAUCUCUUUGCAACCACGUAACGCAGCGUAAUGGAACAAUGAAACGAAUGUUGGAAUAAAUUUUUACUCAUAUUGAUUUUUAUUUUUGAAGAA